AUGGCACCCAAACUUGGCAUAUUCCCGGCAUCUGGAGGCCUUGGAGGCAGUACCCUGAGCCACCUUCUUGGGCUAGUCCCACCCAACGAAGUGGUACUUGUCGCUCGCAGCCCAGAGAAACUCAACAAAGAGGAAGCUACUGGAGCCAUUGUUCGCAAAGCCGAUUACGACAAUGCUCAGACACUUGAUCACUCGUUUGACGGAAUUUCCUCUCUGAACUUGAUCUCCUAUGCCAGUAUUCAGAACGAGCAUCGAUUCACGGUACACAGAUCCGCGAUUGAUGCGGCUCGAAAGAGUGGCGUUAAGCACAUCUUUUACUCAUCUCUUGCGUUUGCUGGUGAUGGAAAUCUCGAAACCAAGGCCCAGGUCAUGCUUGCCCACCUUGCCACGGAGAAAUAUCUGGCCCAGUUACAUGACAAGGACCCGCAGUUCACGUAUACUGUCGUUCGCCAAGGACUGUAUUCGGAGUCCUUCCCACUCUAUACUGCCUUCUUCGAUCUGAAAGCUCCUUCCAGCGAAAUUUGUAUCCCUCACGACGGCUCGGCUCCUGGCCUUGCAUGGGCUAAGCAAGACGAGCUGGGCGAAGCAACCGCAAACCUCAUUGCACAGCACGCCCAAGAUCCCGCUGCUUUCCCUUAUUUAAACAAGACCAUCCUUCUCUCGGGCCCUCGUGCUUGGUCUCUCAAUGAAACAGCAGAUGUAUUCAGCCGCGUGCUGGAUAAGUCAGUCAAGGUCCGCCAGGUACACGUGGAUGAGUAUGUCAAACAGCCACAGGUCCAAAAUGGUCUCACAUACGGUGGUGGCAAUUGGGCACCUCUCUGGGCGACUGCUUUCGAUGGGAUCCGCGAUGGCGAGUGUGCAGCAGUCACCCCAAAUUUGGCUCAGUUACUUGGUCGUGAACCUGAGGAUUUUGAAACAACCAUCAGGAACAUGAUUUCUGCUUAA